AUGCGGAGAAGGGAACGAAUGUUUUGCGCAGUAGGAAAUUUAUUCACAGACCUCUGUCGGCAGCAUCAUGCUUCAUUUGCUCUCCUGUUUUUGAUGGAGGUAGUGGAACUUUCAGCUGCAGAUGUUGGAGUUAUAUUUUUCGUUACGCAAUUAGUUGACGCGUUCUUCGCAUCAAUUUCUGGUUACCUUGCUGAUAGGGUUAGGCUACCUUUUCUAUCAAAGAAACUUGGCCGGCGAAAAUCUUGGCACCUUUUGGCAACAGUCUUGUUGUCCGUAGUCGUCCCCCUUUCCGCCAACCGCUGUUAUCCUUGUAUUGGUAAUCAUCAAAGCUGGCUUCCAAUUGUCUAUUACGCCUUCUUGAAUUCUAUUUAUGGCAUAUUUGUCAUCAUUAUGGAAGUAAAUCAUUCGUCUUUCAUCGCUACUGUAGCGGAGUCCGUUGAGGAAUAUACAGCUAUAAGCACCUUGAGGACAAUGUUCAGCUUCCUAAGUGGCAUUCUCAUUUACACAGUCGCUUGGGGCCUUCUCAGAAAAGACAAAGGCAAUAAUUUGGGACCUCACAGCCUUCCAGAGUUUCUGUACCUUGCGUGCAUUCUUAGUGGAACCGGAAUCUUCUUUGCAGCUUUUUUUCACCUUGGUAUAAAGGAACCUCAAACACGUGUGAGAAGAAAGAGCACCGUAAAGGGACUUUUGAAUUCUCCUGGAAUAUUCCUGACUGACUUUGGACCCGAAAAUGGCGACACUAGAAAAAGGAGCAUUGCUUACAAUUUCGUUGACAUGAUUAUGACUUCCACCGAAUAUGAAGAAGACCAAAGUGAGAUGAACGGAGAUAGAAGAAGAAGGAGCCAUGAAUUGCCUAGAAGAAAACGAAGUCGAUUUCAGACGUUCGUUGAUGCUCUAUUUUCUGACGGGAAGACUGACAACACUGGUCAAAAUCAGGAUCCGUUAAAGUCUGCCACUGAGGAAACCACAAAGAAUCCAAAAAUUGAGGAUUUAAAAAGACAAUUGAUUUCAGAAGUGCAGCAUCUAGAUCCAGAACGAAAGAGGAGUCUCUUAAUGCGUGUGUUUGAUGAACUAAUGUUUGGAUUACAGCGGGAAGAGCAAGUGCAAUUAACGUGUAUUGAUGUUACUGGGGAUCAAAUUGCAAAGGACGGCGAAGAAGACGAAUAUGUAACUGGUGUAGAGUUCUUGGAGGCUGGACAAGAAAAGAUCAAAAACUCCCCUGACGAAGGUGAAUGGAUAGUGACCAACGAGGUGGGUCCCCCUGAAGGUAAAAAUGGAAACGAGGUGGCAGAAAUUGACAAAGAGGACCAGAAUAAAAUCAAUCUUGAUGACAUUACUCAGAACUAUCCGAAACAGAAUUGUAGAGAGGAGGUAAGAGAUGACGGAGAAGACCAGAAUGAAAACAUUCCAGGGACAUCAUUUCGGACCAAACGUAACCAAAGAAAAUAUGGAAUCGUGCAUUUACCAGAUGUUGGUGAAUAUAGUCUCUCCAACUCUGGAUUUGAAGAUGACGAAAAUGAUGGCGAUAGAAUAAAGAGCUUUUGUUAUGCAAAAGAAGAAAAGCAAAAAAAGGCUGUAACUUUCUUUUCUUCUGAAUUUUCCGAGCAGCCGUCAAUGAACGAGAUCGAACGUCAGGAUUUAAAUCUUGAUCACACGCCUGAGAAGAAAGUGAGUUUGGAUGUAUGCACUCAGAAUUAUCCAAAACAAGCUUGCAGAGAGGAUGAAAGAAUAGAAACUUCUGAGAGUGGAAAUGAUUCGUCAGCUGCAAGAGAAAACCCUGAACUACUUGGUGUCCCUAUUCCUUUGAAAAAUGCAGAACCUAAGAGAAAACCGCCAAAACGAAUCAAAGACUGGCUGAGGGAUCCAGGAUUGUAUAAGGUGGCUAUUAUAUUUGCAUGUACACGCCAUGCACAGGAAUUUACCACUACCUACUUGCCGCUUUUCCUCACAGAAACAUUGCUAUUUCCUAAGGAAUCUACCGCCUAUUUUCCACUCAUACUCUUGAUCAGUGGCUCUCUAGCGAGUUCAACAUCUGACAAACUAAACAACAAAAUUGGGAGUAAGUGGACUUACCUUUUGGCAGGUUUGUUAGUGAUUGGUGGUGCUGUUUGGAGCUAUUUUCAAACCAUCUCCAUCAAACAGUCAACAUAUGCACCAGUGGUCAUAAUAGGGAGCGGUUUGUCCAUUAUGCAUGUCAUGGCUCUUGUCUUCAUCAUUGAGCUGAUCGGGGAUUGUAAGGAAAACAGUGGAUCAGUGUUUGCCAUUAUCGAUGUGAUCACCAGAGUUUCAAGCGGUUUAAUUUUAAUUGGUAUACAGGAAUUUUACCCAGACGAAAGAACCAGCUCAAACGAUGCAGUUACCAACUAUGUGCGACAUGUGUUUGCUUUGACGACCGGAGUUUUAGCUCUGGUGGGAUCCCUAGUGGUUUUGUUUUUCCAACCGUCAAAGUUUAUCAACAGUACUAGAGCUUCACAGGAUGUUGAAACUGAACCCUGCCAACCAUCGUUUGAUGUUCAAGUUCUCCAAUGUCCAGCUGAAGAAGCAGCGUCAGUCAACCACUCGGACACUCGUCACAAUAACCAUAAAGUUACAGUGCAUUUUUGUUCAGAGAACACAAAACUUUAAACUCGUUGAGAAUUGUAUUUGUGUAACAGUUGGCUCAUCGGCCCUCCAAAGAUCACGCCCUUAAUUUAGCUUCACACACUUCGAAUCGUAGAUCUUCUCUUUCAACUAUUGGGCUAGAAUGGAAGAAUUUGUGGAGUUAAUCCUGGUCAGACUAUGUUUAUAUUUUACGAGGAAUUUAUUUGGGUGUCAAGGUAGGAGCAUAUCAUGCAUACAAAGGAUUACGGCUGAAGGUUUUUCAAAGUUUGACGUUAUAUUUACCUUAGUUUUUAUUAAUGGUUGUGUAGCGUCUUUUGAUUAAGCAGUACUCUCUAAUUUCAAUCUUUGUUAGUUUUUGGUCUUCUUGAUUCAUCAAGGUAAGGACGCCAGUAAAUUAAUUAGUAGACUCUACGUGGAUUAUGGCUAUUGCCUUGUACUGUAUCGCUUUUUGUUGCACCAGAAGACAGUGCUUUCAAAGAGGGAAGAAUUUUAUAAACUUAUGAAAACUAUGA